GGCGCUUCCCUAUAGCCCCGCUGGAGAGGAGCGAAGAGCACAGUCAUAGAUCAUCCCAUGGCACCGAUCCACCUUUCCCGCCGUUUCGUAACCGCGGAGACUUGGGAACAGCCCUCUAUUAAGUAGCAAGAUUGGGCAGAGGCUCUUCCCACUUGGUGAAGGCAAGGCUUCCCUGACGGAGCGACCCCUCGCAGCCUCGCCGACCGACCGAGCGAGGCGGCUCCUCUCACAGCAGCCGCCGCUGCUGCUGCCUCUGCUUCUGGCCGCGCCUUAGCCCAAGGUGCUUGGAGCCUCUCCUCGUUCCUGGCCUCUCCUCAAGCGGCAGCUGUAGGGCUCCGCGGCAGCUGCCAUCCCUGCUAAUCCCAUCCUCCGCCUUCUAAGAAUUAUUCAUGUGGUUGUGAUACAAAACAGCAGCCAUGAAGAUAAGGCUCCGUGCAACAGCUGUAGCAGUCGUAUGUGCAGCUCUCCUGCUUUGUUCAAUUGAGGCUCAAGUUAAUCCACCUUCAGACUUGAAAUUUAAAAUUAUAGAUGAAAAUACUGUUCAAAUGUCAUGGGCAAGACCAUCUGAUGCAAUAGAAGGUUACAGGAUAACUGUGAAAUCUGCAGCUGAUGGUUCAAGUAGAGAAUUUACCUUAACGGAUACAGCUACCCAAACUUUGUUAACAGACCUCAUACCAGAUAGUGAAUAUAUUGUAACAAUAAAUUCAUAUGAUGCUGUAGAAGAAAGUGUACCUGUCACUGGACAACUUACAAUUCAAACAGGUGGCUUUGUAACAACAGGAGUAAAGAAGGUUGAAGAAAUCAAUUUGCAAAAGUGUUCCAUUAGUGCUGUUACAGAUCUAGUUUUUCUUGUGGAUGGUUCUUGGAGUGUAGGCAGAAAUAACUUUAAGUAUAUAUUGGACUUCAUCGUUACUCUUGUAUCAGCAUUUGAUAUUGGAGAAGAUAAGACAAGAGUUGGAAUAGUCCAGUACAGUACUGAUACAAGGACUGAAUUCAAUUUGAAUCAGUAUUUCAGAAAAAAAGAUCUGGUUGAGGCAAUAAGAAGAAUACCAUAUAAAGGAGGCAAUACCAUGACAGGGGAAGCUAUUGAUUAUCUGAUUAGAAAUGCAUUUACGGAGUCUGCUGGAGCAAGAAAUGGCUUUCCCAAAGUGGCAAUUAUCAUUACGGAUGGAAAAUCUCAGGAUGAAGUAGAAAUUCCUGCAAGAGAACUUCGUAGCUCUGGAGUUGAAGUCUUUUCUUUGGGAAUAAAAGCAGCAGAUGCCAAAGAGCUGAAGUUAAUGGCAUCCCAGCCCUCACUGACACAUGUUUUUAAUGUAGCCAACUUUGAUGGCAUUGCGGAUAUUCAGAAUGAAAUUGUCUCACAGGUGUGCUCAGGAGUUGAUGAACAGUUGGGUGACUUGGUUAGCGGAGAAGAAGCUAUAGAACCUCCUUCAAAUCUGGCAGCCUCACAAAUCUCAUCAAGAUCUAUCAAAAUCACUUGGGAUCCAUCUCCUAGUGACAUAACUGGUUAUAAGGUGGACAUUAUUCCAAUGAUAGCUGGUGCCAAACAAUUCUCAGUGAAUGUAGGACCACAAACUACUGCUUUUAAUAUAAAAGAACUUUCAGCAGAUACAGAAUACCAAAUUAAUGUUUAUGCCAUGAAAGGGCUGGCUUCCAGUGAACCAGUGUCUAUAAUGGAAAAAACACAGCCAGUAAAAGUUCGAAUCGAAUGUGCACAAGGAAUAGAUGUAAAAGCGGAUAUUGUGCUAUUGGUUGAUGGCUCCUACAGUAUUGGUAUUGCCAAUUUUGCUAAAGUAAAAGCAUUUUUAGAAGUGUUAGUUAAAAGCUUUGAGAUUUCACCUGAAAAAGUCCAAAUAAGCCUUGUGCAGUACAGCAGGGAUCCAUAUACGGAAUUUCCUUUGAACAGAUACAACAAAAUUGAAGAUGUAAUUCGAGCUAUUAAUACCUUCCCGUACAGAGGUGGAUCUACAAACACAGGCAAAGCUAUGACCUACGUAAGAGAAAAAGUCCUCAUCCCAAGCAGGGGUGCAAGACCGAACGUUGCAAGAGUCAUGAUUCUUAUUACUGAUGGAAAAUCAUCCGAUGCUUUUAAAGACCCAGCCAUAAAACUGAGGAACGCAAAUGUAGAAAUAUUUGCAGUCGGUGUUAAGGAUGCUGUGCGGUCUGAGUUGGAAGCAAUUGCUACACCCCCUGCAGACACCCAUGUCUACACUGUGGAAGAUUUUGAUGCUUUUCAAAGAAUAUCAUUUGAACUUACACAGUCCCUCUGUUUGCAAAUUGAACAGGAACUUGAAGAGAUUAAAAAAAAAGCUCGUUUACCUGCAAGGAACUUGGAAUUUUCUGAAGUGACUUCUAACAGUUUCAAAGUUACCUGGUCUCCAGCAGGAGAAAAUGUUUUGUUUUACCUUAUCAAGUAUAAAGAGGCUCUUGGUGGAGAGGAAGUCAGUGUUUCUGUACGUGCUCCAGUGACUAACACAAUCCUUACUAAUUUACUACCCAAAACUACAUAUUCUGUCAGUGUGAUCACAGAAUAUGAAGAUGGUGAUGGACCUCCACUGAAUGGGAAUGAAACAACUUUAGAAGUCAUAGGAUCUCCACGAAACCUGAGAGUAACUGAUGAAACAACGGAUAGUUUUAAAGUUGGAUGGUCACCAGCCCCAGGGGAUGUUCUCAGAUACAGACUUGCAUAUAGACCAGUUACUGGUGGGGAAACAAGAGAAGUAACCAUCCCAGCAAAUGAAAGGGCAACCACUCUAUAUAAUCUGAUGCCUGAUACAACAUAUGAAGUUUCCUUAACUGCUGAGUACUUGUCUGGAGUUGGAAAUCCAUUGGAUGGACAUGGGAAAACUGAAGAAGUGCUUGGAAGACCAAGAGACUUGCAAGUUUCAGAUGCUACAACAUCCUCAUUGAAACUAUCUUGGAAUUCAGCACCUGGCAAAGUGCAGCAGUAUCUUGUCACGUAUACUCCAGCGAUUGGAGGUGAACCUAAAGAGAUAACCGUAAGGGGAGACACUACCAGUACAGAUCUCACUAACUUGGAACCAGGGACAAAAUAUGAUUUGUCAGUAACUGCUCUUUAUGCAUCUGGAGCAGGAGAGGCUCUUUCUAAACAAGGAGAAACGCUUGAAGUGCUUGGAAGACCAAGAGACUUGCAAGUUUCAGAUGCUACAACAUCCUCAUUGAAACUAUCUUGGAAUUCAGCACCUGGCAAAGUGCAACAGUAUCUUGUCACGUAUACUCCAGCGAUUGGAGGUGAACCUAAAGAGAUAACCGUAAGGGGAGACACUACCAGUACAGAUCUCACUAACUUGGAACCAGGGACAAAAUAUGAUUUGUCAGUAACUGCUCUUUAUGCAUCUGGAGCAGGAGAGGCUCUUUCUAAACAAGGAGAAACGCUUGAAGUGCUUGGAAGACCAAGAGACUUGAAAGUUUCAGAUGCUACAACAUCCUCGUUGAAACUAUCUUGGAAUUCAGCACCUGGCAAAGUGCAACAGUAUCUUGUCACGUAUACUCCAGCGAUUGGAGGUGAACCUAAAGAGAUAACCGUAAGGGGAGACACUACCAGUACAGAUCUCACUAACUUGGAACCAGGGACAAAAUAUGAUUUGUCAGUAACUGCUCUUUAUGCAUCUGGAGCAGGAGAGGCUCUUUCUAAACAAGGAGAAACGCUUGAAGAACGUGGUUCUCCUCGUGACCUGAUUACUAGAGACAUAACCGAUACUUCAGUUGGAGUCUCAUGGACAGCAGCUCCAGGGCCAGUUCAGAAUUACAAAAUUCUAUGGAAAUCCCUUUAUGAUGGCCAGUCUGGGGAAACAACAGUUCCUGGAAAUGUAGUUAAUACUGUCUUAAAAAACCUUCAACCUGAAACUAAGUAUAAGAUUUCAGUCUUGGCUUCCUACAGAAGUGGAGAAGGGCCACCUCUAGAGGGACAAGCUACAACUGAAGUGUCACCUGAUGCAAGGACUGUUAAAGUAGAUGAUGAGAAAGAGACCACAAUGAGAGUCACUUGGCAACCAGCACCUGGAAAAGUGAUCAACUAUCGUGUGGUUUACCGACCCCGUAGAGGAGGAAGACAAAUAGUGGCUAAAGUGCCUCCGACUGUUACCUCCACAGUGCUGAAACGUCUCCAGCCUCUAACAACUUAUGAUAUUACUGUCAUUCCAACGUAUAAAACUGGCGAAGGAAAACACAGAAAAGGCGAAGGAACUACAGCUUCUCCAUUUAAACCUCCCAAAAAUCUGCAGACUUCAGAUCCUACAAGGUCAAGCUUUCGUGUAACCUGGGAGCCAGCCCCUGGGGAAGUUAAAGGGUACAAAGUCACUUUCCAUCCAAGUGGAGAAAACAGACAACUUGGUGAAUUGGUACUUGGGCCAUAUGACAAUACUGUUGUAUUGGAGGAGCUGAGGGCAGACACUUCUUAUAAAGUCAAUGUAUUUGGAAUGUUUGAAGGAGGUGAAAGUAUGCCUCUGAUUGGAGAAGAAAAGACAACACUUGCAGAUGUUCCAGAUGUGUCAGUAUUACAUAAAGGCUUAGAAUGUAAAACCAGAACUGAAGCAGAUAUUGUAUUGCUGGUGGAUGGUUCUUGGAGCAUUGGUCGAACAAAUUUUAAAACAGUCCGGAGCUUUAUUGCUAGCAUUGUUCAAGUAUUUGAUAUUGGUCCAGACAAAGUGCAAGUCGCUCUUGCACAGUAUAGUGGAGAUCCAAGAACAGAAUGGAACCUCAAUGCCCAUUCAACUAAACAGAGUUUAUUGGACGCUGUGGCCAAUUUGCCAUAUAAAGGAGGCAACACCCUAACAGGAAUGGCUUUGAACUUCAUCUUAAGAAACAGUUUUAAGACUGAAGCUGGCUUGAGGCCUGGAGCUAAAAAAAUUGCUGUCCUCAUUACUGAUGGCAAGUCACAGGAUGACAUAAAUAUUCCAUCAGACAGAUUGAAGGAACAGGGAGUGGAGAUCUUUGCUAUCGGUAUUAAAAAUGCGGAUGUGAAUGAAUUGAAGCAGAUUGCAAGUGAUCCGGAUGACACCCAUGCUUUCAAUGUUGAAGAUUUUAACCUUCUGGUUAAUAUUGUUGAUAGUGUCACUGAUAAUUUGUGCAAUAGCGUGAAAGCAUCAGGUGAUUUGUCUCUGCCACCCACUAAUCUAGUUACUUCUGAAGUGACCCCUCUUUCGUUCAGAGUGUCUUGGACUGCACCCACUGAGAGUGUAGAUAGAUACAGAGUUGAAUAUUAUCCUGCCCAAGGAGGCACACCACAGGAGGUCUUUGUAAGUCGUUCGGACACCACUACUGUCCUCACUGGCCUCAAGCCUGAAACAGAAUAUGUUGUGAAUGUAUUUUCUAUUGUAGAAGGAACCAGUAGUGAACCAUUAAAAGGGACUGAAACAACAUUGGCAAUCCCUUUGGUGAGGAGCCUGAAUGCUUAUGAUGUCACUUCAAGGACAAUGCGUGUACGCUGGGAACCUGUAAAAGGAGCUACUGGUUACAUGUUAUUAUAUGAGCCUGUCAAUGCCACAAUACCAGCAACUGAAAAAGAGAUGCGGGUAGGAGCAUCAGUGAAUGAUGUACAGCUGGUUGACUUGAUCCCAAAUACUGAGUACACUUUAACAGUUCAUUCAACUUUUGGUGACCUCAUUAGUGAUCCACUCACCACUCAGGAAGUCACAUUACCUUUAAGUGGAGCAAAAAGACUAAGGCUAAGUGAUAUCACUCACAGCAGCAUGAAAGUCAAUUGGGAUCACGCUCCAGGAAAAGUUCGUAAUUACAUAGUGAAAUAUAAAGCAGCUGAAGAAGAUGAUGUAAAAGAGGUGAAAGUGGAUCCAUCCCAGACCAGCACAUCUCUUCCUGAUCUUUUUUCAAAAACACUCUACCAUGUAGAACUUGCUGCAGAAUAUGAUGAUGGGCUCUCUGUGCCAGUAGCAGCAGAAGCCACCACUUUACCUGUACCAGCACCGCUCAAUUUGAGAACAGAUCAAGUCACCACAACUAGUUUCAGAGGGACUUGGGAUCAUGGAGCACCUGAUGUAGCUCUCUACCGAGUAAUGUGGGGGCCUUAUGGUGAACGUGAAAAACAGGAGACAAUUCUAAAUGGUGAUGAAAAUACGCAACUUUUUGAAAAUCUUAUCCCAGACACAUUGUAUGACAUCUCAGUUACUGCAAUUUAUCCUGAUGAAUCAGAGAGUGAUGAAUUGAUUGGGAGUGAACGUACAUUGCCCCUUGUGCCUAUAACAACACCAGUACCAACGAGUCCCCCACGGAAUCUCCAGGUAUAUAAUGCAACAUCCAAUAGCUUGACUGUCAAGUGGGAUCCUGCCAUUGGACGUGUGCAACGCUAUAGGAUCAAUUACCGACCUGCUACGGGUGAUGGUCCUGAACUUUCGUCCACAGUAGGAGGAAGCAAGAACAACAUCGUGCUUCAGAAGCUGCGGCCUGACACCCCUUACCGCAUUACAGUUUCUUCGAUUUAUGCAGAAGGGGACGGAGGACAAAUAUCAGGAAAGGGCAAGACCAAACCUCUCAACACCGUAAGGAAUCUCAGAGUUUAUGAUCCAACCACUAGCACGUUGAAUGUCCGAUGGGAUCAUGCGGAAGGAAAUCCUCGUCAGUACAAGGUGUAUUACGUACCUGUGGCAGGAGGAAGAGAGGAAAUGGUAACUUUGCCUGGGAAUACAAACUAUGCCGUUCUAAAGAAUCUCCAGUCCGACACUCCACACAAAGUAACCGUUGUCCCUGUUUACUCAGAGGGCGAUGGAGGCCGGGUUUCUGAUAUGGGGAAAACAUUGAUGAGGGGGACACCAAGAAACAUCCAAAUUUACAACCCAACAACAAAUAGCCUUAAUGUCCAGUGGGAGGCUGCACCAGGUCCAGUACAGCAGUACAAAGUUGUCUAUAAUCCAUUAGCUGCCACAAAGCCAUCAGAAUCUGUUAUUGUCCCAAGCAACACGCGCAACGUUUUACUGGAACGUCUGUCACCUGAUACUCCUUAUUCAAUAAAUGUCGUUGCUUUGUAUGCUGAUGGAGAAGGGGAUCCAAGUACAGGACAGGGAAGAACAUUGCCUCGUAGUGGACCCAGGAACAUAAGAGUAUUUGAUCCAACAACAAACAGUCUUUCUGUUCAGUGGGAUCAUGCAGAUGGACCUGUGCAGCAAUAUAGAAUUAUAUAUAGUUCUAUUUCUGGGGACCCCAUAGAUGAAUAUACAACAGUACCUGGCAGAAUAAAUACUGUGUUGCUACAGCCUUUGCAGUCAGAUACACCUUAUAAAAUUACUGUUGUAGCAGUUUAUGAUGAUGGAGAUGGUGGACAAGUGACAGGAAAUGGAAAAACAGUUGGGCUGCUUUCUCCUCAGAAUAUUCGUAUAUCUGAUGAAUGGUAUACCCGAUUCAGAGUGGCCUGGGAUCCUGUCCCAUCUCCUAUCUUAGGAUACAAAAUUGUGUAUAAAGUUGCAGGUUCGGAUGAGCCCAUGGAGGUGUUUGUUGGAGAGGUGACUUCAUAUACUUUACACAACUUAUUGCCUAGUACUUCUUACGAUGUCAAAGUAUAUGCUCAGUAUGAGUCUGGACUUAGCGAACCUUUGGUGGAUCAAGGCACCACAUUAUACUUGAAUGUUACAGAUCUAACAAGUUAUAAUGUGGGAUGGGACACUUUCUGUAUCAAAUGGUCAGCACAUCGGUCAGCCUCUUCUUACAGACUGAAACUGAAUCCAGCUGAUGGAUCUAGAGGUCAAGAAAUAACAGUGCGUGGAUCAGAAACCAGUCACUGUUUUACUGGGCUUUCACCUGAUACUGAAUAUAAUGCUACUGUCUUUGUUCAGACUCCAAAUCUUGAAGGUCCUCCAAUCUCUACAAAAGAACGCACAUUAAUCAAGCCAACUGAGCCUCCAACGCCACCACCUACGCCACCUCCACCUCCAACAAUUCCACCUGCACGGGAUGUAUGCAAGGGUGCCAAAGCUGAUAUAGUCUUCUUGACUGAUGCUUCUUGGAGUAUUGGAGAUGAAAAUUUCAACAAAGUGGUGAAAUUUGUUUUCAACACGAUUGGUGCAUUUGACCUAAUAAAUCCAAAUGGAAUUCAGGUUUCCUUUGUGCAAUACAGUGACGAUCCAAAAUCUGAGUUCAAUUUGAACACGUAUGAUGAUAAGGCCCAGGCCCUGGGAGCCCUUCAGUAUAUUCAAUAUAGAGGAGGGAACACAAAAACAGGAAAGGCACUUGCAUUUAUCAAAGACAAGGUGCUUAUAUGGGAAAGAGGCAUGAGGAAAGGAGUUCCCAAAGUCCUUGUGGUCGUAACGGAUGGUCGGUCACAAGAUGAAGUGAUGAAAGCUGCAGCUGUCAUACAGCAGUCUGGUUUCAGUGUAUUUGUUAUUGGUGUAGCUGAUGUUGAUUACCACGAACUAGCCAAAAUUGCAAGUCAGCCAAGCGAACGCCAUGUCUUUAUAGUUGACGACUUUGAUGCUUUUGAAAAGAUUGAAGAUAACCUCAUCACUUUUGUUUGUGAGACAGCUACCUCAACUUGUCCUCUCAUGUACUUAGAUGGAUAUACUUCUCCGGGCUUCAGGAUGCUGGAAGCUUACAAUUUAACAGAAAAAUAUUUUGCUUCAGUACCUGGAGUUUCCUUGCAAUCAGGAUCUUUCCCAAGCAACGUGGCAUACAGGCUUCACAAAAAUGCUUUUAUUAGCCAGCCCACUGUGGAUAUUCAUCCGGAUGGAUUAUCAAAGGCUUACACGAUAAUAUUUUUAUUCCGUCUUCUCUCAGAAACCUCUAAUGAACCAUUUGCAAUUUGGCAGAUAACAGACAGAAAUUACAAACCACAAGUUGGAGUAGUUCUUGACCCUUCCAGCAAAGUGCUCUCAUUCUUUAACAAGGACACAAGAGGAGAAAUUCAGACUGUAGCAUUUGAAGGUGAUGAAAUAAAGAAACUCUUUUACGGAAGUUUCCACAAGGUUCAUCUUGUUAUAACAUCCACAAGUGCUAAGAUUUAUGUUGACUGUGUUGAAAUUAUGGAAAAACCUAUUAAGGAAGCUGGAAAUAUCACAACUGAUGGCUAUGAAAUCCUUGGUAAAUUACAGAAAGGUGAUAAGAAAACAGCACCAUUUGAUAUACAGAGCUUUGACAUUGUGUGCAAUGCAGUUUGGACCAGCAGAGAUAGAUGCUGUGACAUUCCUUCUAAGAGGGAUGAAGCAAAAUGCCCAUCAUUGCCAAAUGCUUGUACAUGUGUACAAACCAGUGUGGGGGCUCCAGGACCUCCAGGACCUGCUGGAGCUCGAGGUAUCAGUGGUUCAAGAGGCGAAAGAGGCUUAAGUGGACCUCCUGGGCCACCAGGUGCUCGUGGAGAUCCAGGCCCUCCAGGCCCUCAAGGGCCAUCAGGACCACAAGGAAUGAAUGGGCUUUCCAUUACAGGAGAACCUGGACGUCAAGGGCCAAAGGGUAACCCUGGAGAACCUGGACUACCAGGGCGAUCAGGAUCGCCAGGCCUAAGUGGCCCUCCUGGCACAAUGGGGCCACCAGGUGACAGAGGCUUUACUGGAAAAGAUGGCCCAUCAGGACCAAGAGGUCCUCCAGGACCAGCGGGUGCCCCAGGCGUGCCUGGAGUUGCUGGUCCAGCUGGGAAACCAGGUGAUCGUGGUUCACCGGGUCCAGUUGGAUUGAAAGGUGAAAAAGGUGACCGAGGAGACAUUGCUUCCCAGAGUAUGAUGCGAGCUGUGGCAAGACAAGUCUGCGAACAAAUGAUCAACAGCCAAAUGACCCGAUUUAACCAGAUGCUAAAUCAAAUUCCAAACGAUUACCAUUCAAGUCGCAGCCAGCCUGGACCUCCAGGGCCACCAGGUCCCCCUGGAUCUCCUGGGACCCCAGGAGAGCCUGGAAGUGGAGGCAGGCCAGGAUUUCCGGGCUCACCUGGCAUGCAAGGAUCCCCUGGCGAGCGAGGUCCGCCUGGAGAGAAAGGUGAAAGAGGAAUUGGAAUACAAGGAUCACGAGGUUUGCCAGGGCCACCAGGUCCACAAGGAGAAUCCAGAACUGGCUCACCAGGUUCUACAGGUUCCCGAGGUCCACCUGGGCCACCUGGCCGACCUGGUAAUGGUGGUAUCAGAGGCCCUCCUGGGCCUCCAGGAUACUGUGAUUCAUCCCUGUGUGCUAGCAUUGCUUACAAUGGUCAAGGAUACCCAGGUUGACCAUUCGUCUAAAGUAUAAAGGACAGAGUUUGCCAUUUCCACGUUCAUCUUUCUGAUUCGUGAUGGGAUUAUCUAUACAAAAUUAGUACCUGAAAUCUAAUUUUCCAUCUCAAAUGUCAUUUUGUGAUACAGUGCAGACAACUAGGCAAGGGUUAGGGCAUGGGAAGUCAUUAUUUGCACUGUAUCAAAUUCAAUGGAAUCUACUAUAUUGGUCUGUUAUGCAAAUUUCUUCUGAGAAGAGUCAAUUUGAAGCACUGAAUGGUCAAAGGAACUUAAAUGCUGGAUAUUUGUGACCACAGGAUACCAAAUCACUAAACUGGGAUCAUAACCAGUGACCAUGCCAUAUAUUUAAGGCCUCUUCAAGAAAAGAUUCCAGGCCCUUAAUAUUGAUCACUAAUUUGUUGUGUGCACUGUAGCACCUUAUACAUGAUAUUGCUGUUUGUUAUGUUGUUUGCAUGUAUACGUGAAUAUAUAUAGAUAUAUAUAUAUAUAUAUGUACACACACAUUCAUAGUAUUGAUGGGUAGAUCAAAUUCAAUAGAAUAAGCCAUAAUGCAAAAUUUGCACAAUAUCAACAAUUGAAUGAGAAAUAAAUGGAAAGUAAUACUGAAGUGCUACCCUUUCAGAAAAUAAUCUGGCAUAUAUAUAUAGAUAUAGAUAUACAUACAAUUUAACUCUCAUGGAUGUAAUGAAUGAAAAACAGUUUUGCACAGCUGUUCAACCCUGAAAACUAAAUCUUUGACCUAUUUCAGGAUCCGGCUAACAAAUUUUCUAUGCCGUCAGUGCUGCUUAGAGUUUGAAUUUUCAUGAAAAUCCUGUUUCUGAGAUGUUUGUGCACGUGCUUACUUGGACGUGAAUCUGUAUGGUUAUUUCGUUAUAGAUAAUGGUUACAUAAAUAGUGUUGGCCUCAUAAGAGGGGAGAUGCUCUUUUUAAAAGAAUGUACUUACUAACAAGCAUUUGUGAUUGCAGUAAAGGGCAAUGGCAUUUGAUAAAGCAAGGGAUGUAAACUCAAUCUCCCUCUACUUACUGUCCAAUUAUAUCAAAACCAAGUUACUAGAAUGGCAACGGAGGCUUAUAAACAUAUUAAUGAACAUAACACCAUAAUAUAUUUACCUUGGCGAAACAGAAAAUGACUGUAAAUAAUGAACUAAUUCUGGCUUGUAAAUGAUCUGUAUGGAAUCAUGUCCACUAAACCUAGUUAACAUUACAUCAUGCUUUUGCAUUCAAACCUCCUGCUGCUUUUUAAUUUGUGCCAGCAUAAUUUCUUCGAAACUCUAGAAGUCUUUCUCUCUUUUCUUUGUUAUUCUUAUCUCCAUCUUACCUUAUUCAGGACUUGAGGCUUUUUUGUAUAUGUAAUCUUCUUACAAGUGCUGAAAAUACAAUUAAUUUUAAUUCCGAUUUUCCUGAAAUCUUUGGUGUUCCUCUAGCACUAGCUCUGGUUCAAUUGGAUAUGAGGCACAUUUGUCAGAAAAUAGUAGUUACUGUUGGCGACAACUUGGUGUAAAUUUCUGCCACACCCUAGGGAACUGUUUUGAAUAAAACAAUGUUGCAUACAUGAAGGUUUCCCAUUUGAACAAAGCAUUUGUUUUAAUAAUUGGCUUUCACUUAAGUGGAACUCUUAAAGAUUACUUAAGUAUACAUUAAGCCUACUAAAAUUAAUUGUGUCCCAGUGAAAUAAAUGGAGUAAAUUACAACUAAUUGUGACUAAUUGAGAUUAAUAAAUCUCAACUGUUUUCACUGGAAAUUACUCAAGGCUUGACUUUAGAGUUUGUAAUUUUAAUACCUUAAAAAAAAA